AGAAGAACAUGAUAGUAAAAUCUUUAUCUAUUUAUUUGUUGACUUUUAACCAGAAAACUUUGUAACUUUAUACAAACAAUUCAUAGGAUGGAUAAUAUCGAGUGUGUUAAAAUUAAAAAAGAAGUCAUAAGUGACGCUGAGGACGAACCGAUUGACAUUAUGGAAACAGAUGAAAGUUCCAGAGAGUCUCCAAAUGAAAACCAGGAACUAACUUUCACAAACUUUUCAAUUGACGCUAUACUUAGACCAAGUUUUGGAGUGAAGCCUAAACAAAGUGAAAGAAAAUCAGCUUUUGUAGAAAUUACAAGACAGAACAAUCCUGUGCCUGUUCCUAGUCCGAAUGGUUCUGAAAAAUCAUACAAGUCGUCUGGAUCUUCGUCGAGUUCCAGUCCAGCCGUAUCACCAGGGUCUGAGUCAAGAUCGAUGUUGUUUCCUGCUUGGGUUUAUUGUACUCGAUACUCAGAUAGACCAUCAUCUGGACCAAGGUCAAGAAAAAUGAAGAAGUGUAAGAAAGUAGACGAAAAGAGACCAAGAACAGCUUUUACAAGCGAACAACUGUCACGUCUCAAAAAGGAAUUCGAAGCCAAUCGAUAUCUGACAGAAGACAGACGACAAAGCCUAGCACUUGAAUUGAAACUUUCAGACGGACAGAUAAAGAUUUGGUUCCAGAAUAAACGCGCGAAAAUCAAGAAAUCAUCUGGUGAAAAUAACCUUCUAGCGAUGCACUUAAUGUCACAAGGACUUUAUAAUCAUUCAACCGUAACAGCCAGAGACGAAGAGCAAUAACGUGAAGGAGUUUGAAACGAUAAGUACACCACAAAAGCAGACGUCAUUGAAAAUAAUGUUUUUAUUCCUAGUCUCUUGUACUUACGCUUGACUUGACCAAUAUGUAUAGAUAUAAUUAUCUCAGGGACGAAAGGAGGAAAUGGUCAAGAUAACAGACCGGUACAAGCACAGUAGAGCUGCUGACCUAAGUCCACUAGGGGGAACGAUGAUCUGUCUACUUUUAAUUGAAAAAAGGUAUUCAUGACCAAAAACCUUUAACAAGACAGUGUCAACAGUUUCUACUCUGCCUGCUGGACUGUUAUUACAACGCAUGCGUACAUAUGGAUAUUUUGUUAAUUUAUUCAAUAUAAUGUUAUUUAAAGCAAUUCUGUGAUAAUAAUUGAAACUGUGUAUAGAAUGAUAUAAUUGUAUUAUAAUUCUGGAACAUGUGAAAUAAAAUGUU